GGAUGCUGGGUUAUGAACUCAGGCGAAGUCAUGAGGGAUGCAUGUGGACGUUUACGCUGAUAGGGGACGGUUUGUUGUUGUGGAGUACUACGCCAUCGUCCAGUUGAUGCCUGCAUGUGGCUGUGACGCUUGGUGGAGAAACAGGAGUACAUGGGAAAUCAGUGCAACUCCCCACCUGUGCUCACCUCAGUCUGCGUCCAACGAACUUCAACCGACAAAAUCCAGGCCCGUAGGGAUGAAUAGACGGAUUCUCCAUCUGAAGGUCAACGGGUCAUCAAUAGCUGUGCUAAGGGGCUGCGACUGUGAACAGGCCAUGAAGGAUUGUGAAUUCCCUGAGAAAGAAAAUGAGUUCCGGGGCGAGCUGGUGAACCAGCGGUGGACACGAGGUGAGAGGACCAGCAGCCGCUGUCAGGCCUCCCAGAGACUGCAGAGCCGUCGACCAAUCAUGAUGAGUGUAGAGGGCGAAGACAAGCGGACUCGCACGCGGUCCAAGGGAAUCAGAGUUCCUAUUGAGCUCGUAGGACAAGAGCUGAGCUGCCCCACCCCUGGAUGCAAUGGCUCUGGCCAUAUCAGUGGGAGAUACUCACGACACAGAAGCGUUCUGGGUUGCCCCAUAGCCAGAAAGCGCCGUCUGGAGGAGGCGGAGGCCGAGCAGGAAGCGGAGCGGCCGCUCUCCAAGAGGAAGUCCCAUCCGCUGAAGCUGGCCUUGGACGAGGGCUUCAGCACCGAGAGCGACGCCAGCAGCGAGGCCGACGGCGAGGGGGAGAGAGACGGAGAGAAAGCAGGAGAGACCAAGGAGCAGGAGAAGGAGGAGACGGAGGGCGCCGAGGACGCCAGCGUGGAGGCGACAGAGGACCUGACGCAGAACGGACACACGAACGGACAGGAAGUGGAGACACACAGUCAACAGGAGGCUGAGGAGGAGGAGGACACAUAUCAGAAAAAGGAGAACGCCUUCGCCGCUCAUGAAGAGGAGGAAUGUGUGAUCGUGGAGCCGGAGCCCGGAGCAGCGCCACCUGCGCCCGAGGAGUGUCAGUCUCCCUUUCAGAGCGCCGAAGACGUGGCCAACUCUCUCCUCCACCUCGGCCGGGUCUCUGACAACAAUGCUACAACUGUGGCCAUCCAGCAGUCUGUUGCUAUGGAGACUGGGGAGGAUGUCACUGUGGCAGCCGAAGGGGGUGAAGAAGUAAAGGACGAGCAGGAGGGGGACGUGAAUGUGGGGGAAGAGGAGGAGGAGGAGGAGGAGGAGGAGGAGGAGGCAGUUCACAGAGUUCAAGGACCGGCGGAGUCAUCUGCUCUGCAUAAGGAUGUGUCUGAAGAGGAAGAGGAAGAGGAAGGGGAGCGCAAAGACACAGACAAGCACAUGAGCCAGGUGAACCACCAGUAUGUGAUCAAAGACGACCACCAUGAUCAGAUCAAAGAUGAAGAGGAGGAGGCGGAGGAGGAGGAGGAGGAGGAGGAAAUGGUAGCGCUAGCACAGCAGAGGCAGGACACUUCAGUAGCGGAAGAGGAGGAUGACGAAAACGAUGGGAAAGACCGCGUUGGGUCGGCUUCUGAUGUGCCAAGUGCCGUCCGCACCAUCACCAGCACCGCAGCAGCUCAGGGAACACACAUCAAGACCGAAGACCACAGGGCCAGUCCUCUGGAGGACUACAACUCACACAGGGCAAGUCCCCUUGACAAGUGUGACUCUCAGAAGCCCAGUCCACUGCAGAACUACAAGACCAGCCCUCCUUUAAGCUACAGCUCCCGCCGGGCCAGUCCGCUCCACGACUACUUCCCCAUCGCCAGGAGCGAGAGCUAUAAGAUCCACAGAGCCUUGUCCCUGGCCUCGUCCGAGAUCAUCGAGGUCCGGUCGGACAGGUCGGAGGAGCGAGACUUCGACGACCUGGACGGGGACGACGAGCGCGACGACGAGGACAGCCUGUCGCAGCGCUCCACGGUGACGGACGAGUCGGAGAUGUUCGACAUGACGCGGGGGAACCUGGGCCUGCUGGAGCAGGCCAUCGCCCUGAAGGCGGAGCAGGUGAAGCCCGCCGGGCCCAGAGAGCUGCUCCACGGCCCCGACAUCCACCACCAGCGCUACUUCACCAUGGAGGACCGGCCCAAGCACCUGGACGUCCUCCGCAAGAGCUACUUCGGCAAAGAGAGCAGCCGGCCUGAGAAGAGGGAGAGCAAGUGUCCCACCCCGGGCUGCGAUGGGACAGGUCACGUGACCGGUCUUUACCCCCACCACCGCAGCCUGUCAGGCUGUCCGCACAAGGACAGGAUCCCCCCGGAGAUUCUGGCCAUGCAUGAGAAUGUGCUGAAGUGUCCGACACCUGGCUGCACCGGUCAGGGCCACGUUAACAGCAACCGUAACACACACCGCAGCCUUUCCGGAUGCCCCAUCGCUGCUGCCGAGAAGCUGUCCAAGGGCCACGACAAGCCGCACGUCCCUCAGCCGGGCGGCGAGCUCCUGAAAGGAAGCCCCAACGACAGAGUGUUGAGGCCCAUGUGCUUUGUGAAGCAGCUGGAGGUGCCCCCGUACGGCAGCUACCGGCCCAACAUGGCGCCCGCCACGCCCCGCGCCAACCUGGCCAAGGAGCUGGAGAAGUACUCCAAGGUGUCCUUCGAUUACGCAAGCUUCGAUGCUCAAGUGUUUGGAAAGCGCAUGCUUGCACCAAAGAUGCCCACCAGCGAAACCUCACCCAAAGCCUUCAAGACUAAGCCCUCGUUCCCCAAGUCGUCCUCGCCCAGCCUGAGUCUCCACGGUUACGGCAAGAGCUCCGCCCUGGCCUACGACUACUCCCACGACGCCGAGGCCGCGCACAUGGCCGCCACCGCCAUCCUCAACCUGUCCACGCGCUGCUGGGAGAAGCCGGAGAACCUCAGCACCAAACCCCAAAACAAGGAGACCGACAUCGAGGUGGACGAGAACGGUACCUUGGACCUGAGCAUGAAGAAGCCCAUCAAGCGAGAGGGCAGCCUGUCUGGCGCCAGCCCUGGGGUUCGGUCCCCAGACCCUUCCUCCUCCUCCUCCUCCUCCUCGCUCCAUCACGGCGGGAACAGCGGCAUGACGUCGCCGAACCUGCAAACCUAUAAGCAGGAGGAGUGGGAGGGUCCUCUGGAUUACACCAAACCCAGCCGCCAAAGGGAGGAGGACAUGGAGGAGGUGGAACACACCGCCCAGUCCUUCGUGUCGUCCGACGCCGAGGACUGUGACAUGAUGCAGGACUGCCUGGAGGACAGGAAGUACCCAGGAGAGGUCACGACCCCCAACUUCAAGGUCAAGUUCCAGCCCAAGGACAGCAAGAAAGAGCUGCUCUCUGUGUCGCUCUCCCUCCCCAGGUGUCCUACACCUGGCUGCGACGGCAGCGGCCACAUCACUGGGAACUACGCGUCCCAUCGCAGUCUGUCUGGGUGUCCUCUCGCUGAUAAGAGCCUUCGGUCCCUCAUGGCGGCCCACACCCCUGAACUCAAAUGCCCCACUCCAGGAUGUGACGGCUCCGGCCACAUCACAGGAAACUACGCCUCCCACAGAAGUCUCUCUGGGUGCCCGCGUGCCAAGAAAAGUGGAAUUAAAACUCCUACCAAGGACAACCAGGAGGACUCCGAGCUUUUAAAAUGCCCGGUGCCGGGCUGCGACAGCCUGGGCCACAUCAGUGGGAAGUACGCCACUCACCGCAGCGCCUAUGGGUGUCCGCUGGCAGCCCGCAGACAGAAGGAGGGGCUGCUGAACGGGACGCCGUUCAACUGGAAAGCCUUUAAGACCGAGGGUCCCACCUGCCCCACGCCGGGCUGCGACGGCUCCGGACACGCCAACGGAAGCUUCCUCACACACCGCAGCCUGUCAGGGUGCCCCAGAGCCUUACACGCCAAGAAGAAGGCCAAGUUCCCCUCAGAGGACUACCUGGGCACCAAGUUCAGAGCGGGCGAUGUUCUGGACAGCGAUGAGGACAUCAAGCAGCUCAACAAAGAGAUCAACGACCUCAACGAAUCCAACAACGAGAUGGAGGCCGACAUGGUCAACCUGCAGACUCAGAUCUCCUCCAUGGAGAAGAACCUGAAGAGCAUCGAGCACGAGAACAAGAUGAUCGAGGAGCAGAACGAGGCCCUGUUCAUGGAGCUGUCCGGUCUGAGCCGAGCGCUGAUCCGCAGCUUGGCCAACAUCCGCCUGCCGCACAUGCAGGAGCCGAUCACCGAGCAGAACUUCGACAGCUACGUGAGCACCCUGACCGACAUGUACACCAACAAGGACUGCUUCCAGAGCCCCGAGAAUAAGGCUCUGCUGGAGAGCAUCAACAAAGCUGUGAAGGGCAUCAAAGUCUGAGGCUCGGCGCGCGUGCACAAACACGGGAGCGGUCCUGAAGCGCGGGAGCGCGACGGAGGUGGAGACGAAGCGAGAUGAAGGAGAGAUGUUGAAAUACUCUACCAUAUAUUGAAAUACGAUUCAAAAACAACAAAAAAAAGGGAAUUCAGGUUAUUUAACGGCAACUUUAAAAGAAAAUCAACCCAGGGAGCACUCUGUUGGAAGAGAAGUGACGAGGACCAAAAUCCACCACGCUGCUGCUGGGAUUGGAGGGAGGACGGCUCCUUCAGCCAGGACGGAUGGAAGAGCAGAACCACCCCCAGAAACGCUGUCCGGGGGGUUUAUCGUGCUGUUUGUUUACCUGUUGUCUCUUUUGUGUCCUUAACUGUUCAUGGAGGAGGCGUCCGCGGAGGACGGCGCAGGCUCUACAGCGCUGCCCUGUAGCACUCACGGCGGCGCACGGAAAAACAGCCCCACACACUGUCCGGCUCCUAGACGCGCACACGCACACACCCCGGCAAUAUGAAGCAUGCACUAAACUGAAUUCUUGUUUGCUCUGUGGUAUUACUGCGGCAAAGGCAAAGUCAGCAGUGCAAUGUUGACACAGCGCAGAGGGAGAGGAUUCUUUGAGCAAGGUCACGAGGCGGAUCCAGGAGCGCAGGCCGGUUGUUUUCCACUGGACGCCCGGCGUCACGCUCGAGGGCGUCUAGUGAAUCCUUGCUUCAUUUGACUGAAAUGAUGAUAGGAGUAGUGUGCACACGUUUCGGUUUCAGUUAGUCAUAUCAAUAGUAUUUAUCACAUAGGAAUUGCACUUCAUUUCAAGGAAUAGUUUUGUGGUCCAAUAAUUAUUGUUAUAAUGGAAUUAUUUAAACUUUUAAAUUGUAACUUAUUGUCAAUUUAUGUUAUUGAGGUUUAUUUAUUUGAAGCAAUCUAUUUAUUAACUUUGUUUUUGUAAUACACAAAAAUGCAUCUUUACUGAUUAUUAUGGUCAAAGUGAUUCGCAGAUGUCUUAGUCAAUAUUUUAAGAAUCUAUAUAGAUACCUGACGAGGCAUAUUUGGUUUUGAGUACUUUUUAAAAAGCCUUUUUAAGUGCAGAUGUUUUAUAACAAUGACAAAUUUUUUGGAUAAUUUUACAAAAAAAACAAUUUUUGGGGCGGGGGGGUUGUUUUUUUCCCCUUUUGUUUGUGUUAUUUCUGUUACUGCUACAGUCAGAAUCCCCAUGCGGAGAAAAAAAAGAAAGUAUGUAUUUAUUAUUUAUUUAAUAUGAAAGACAUGGACUGAUAUGGCUGUAUAUUUAUUUUGUUAUUUAUGUGUGUGAUGUGACGGUUGAGUCUGAUUAGUCUUACAAAUCCACUGCUAAUAUUUAAAUAAAGAAACUCAAUACAAAUACUGUUUGAUUGCUUAGGCUUAUACUUAGAUAUACCAGCAGCCGAUUGUAAAGUAAAAAAAAAAACAGAACAACCCAGCAGAAGCAAUGACUGUUUGCUUUUGUCAGGUGAAAGACAAACCAAGAAAAUCCAGUACAAACCAUAGAGUUCAGAAAUGUUACCUCUCCUUAGCGUGUUGUAGCGGCCGACGACGGCUCACCCAAAACCUCUGUGAUGUACCGGAGACACUUAAAUAAGGCUUUGAUCCGUCUCUUGUUUGUUCAGCGUGAUGGUACAUGCAGAGCUGUGUUCCAGCAGUGUGUUAGGCUGGAUGAAUGGGUGUAGGACACACACACACACACACACACACACACACACACACACACACACACACACACACACACACACACACACACACACACACACAUCCCUGCAGAUAUUUUAGAAUGGCCUACUUUGUCAAACUUUUACCAGAUAAACAAACACACCCUUGUAGCCUUACUCUAGAUUUUAAUUUUUUGAUGCACAAAGUGCCACUGAGAAAAAAAAAGAGCGAACUCACUUUCUUUCCUGAUUCUUAGCAUUUCUGCAAUGUACUAAUGUCUGGUCCAGGGACGACCAUGGCAUCAAGAGAGUGGUGAUUGUUUCAGAUGCCUUUAUUUCUCUGCCAAGAUGGCCAUAAGUACACUAUAUAUACAUUCUGUAUAAAUAGAUUUUAAAGAUGCUAUAUAUAUGAAUAUAUACAUACAUAUAUUUUUCCAGUGUAAUUGUUGACUUGCUCUUCUUCUUCUUCUUCUCUUGUAUUAUGUUAUCAAAGGGUCCCUAGCUGUCUAGAGGAGAUGGAGAGGGGCGUUACCAAAAUGAGGCAGUUACACUUUAUUUAAUAUCACUAAGACCUGUUCAACUGUGGCUUUAAUGGUACCAGUCAGCCAAGCUGAAGGCAAAGUGGAGGUUGCUGAUGAUACACUACAGUACUUUGGGUGUGUUUUUCAUGGGUUUCUUUCCGUUUUCUUUCCUUUCUUUGUCUGUCCUUGAUCCAGAAAUGUCAGAAACAUCUACUGUAUGUUGUACUGCUGAAUCUGAGUCCGUUUGAAACUCGAUGGUUGGCUCUUUGUUCCUAAAUGUUGUGAGUUCAUGUACAGUAAAAAAAAAAAGAUGCCUCUGAAUAAUGUUCUGCACAUAGUGUUUGGCAGCAUUGUGCAGAUGUUGUGUUGUUAAUAGUAAGGUUUGCUCGCUGUGAGCCAGUUCUCUAAUGUUGAAACAAGCAAGUAGGCGACUUUAGCAUCAUCUGCCUUUGAGUGGUUGGUCUGUUGCAGCUACUGUGGUGUAAUAGUCUGUUACCCUUGUGUAACUCUGAUGUCAAAGGCAUGUUGUCAAUGUGCUUUUAGCCGAUGUAGAAUGAAACUCCUUUGUGCACUUUCUACCCAUUGGAAAUGCCAGCAUUUGAGUCUCAGCUGGGGAGAACACCAGUAGAUCACAGGCGGCGGAGGGCGUCACAACGCAGCCGCGCACGUUUGUAGCUGUUUGCAUAGAGCCAAACAGAGACAUCUCUGUGAUCCCACGGGGGGUGGGGGGGGGGGGGGUUCAAAGCUCACAAAGUGUGUACGAUGAAGAGAAAGGAAGUGGUGCUUUCCUUUCCAAAACAAAACUAAACGAGAGAAAAACCAAAAGAGACUGACGGGAAGCAGAGUUUGGUUCUCAGGUGACUGGGGAGAGCUGCUAGUGCCGAGCCGGGCCGGGCCGGGCCGGGCGGUGCCAGAGGUCGGCCCGUCAGCUCGGCCUAGAGGCGAUAGCAGCGGCUGGAUCAAGGCCGCGUGCGAAAUGAGAUGAGUGUGUGGGAGUGGGAAAUUGAUUUGCCGGGCUACACAAUCUCCCCCUUGUUUUCCGAGGAGGCGUUUGUUGCAUAAAUAUGUGUCUAUCACUCAAACGAAUGUCAACGCUUUUUAUGACUUUUAAACCCGCCGCCCUCCCCUCGCUCUUCAUGUCUUGUGCAACCUUUCCUCAGGAAAGAUAGUUUUGAUGCAUUUGGUUAACAAAGUAGCAAAUUCCUCUUCUGUUGAAAUGCACGAGAAUGCUACCAGAGAGUGUGAAGCCUGUGAAUAUUCUCCUAACUUAUUUGAUAUGGCAUGACCCCUUUUAAACUGCUUGAUGAAAUUGUCUACUGAGGUAUGUAAAUGAAUAACACUGAGGCCAUGAAAGCGUAGCAUUUUCAAAAAAUGUCAGCUGAGAAAGCAAACGCAGCCUACGGUUGGUUCCGCGCCCACGCACUGUAUGUUUUCUUAUUUACAUAAAAGUCCUGAGUGAUGGAGUGAGGAGCCGUAUUAUUCCAAAUAGCAAAGGAAAUUAAAAAACAAACUGGUCGGGGCCCAGUUUCCCUGAAGCACCUGAAUGGAAAAUGUAUUGACUUCUGGUGACACACAGGCCUUUUGCAUCCUGGUUUCAUGUUAGCUUUAGACCUGCGCUUGUCAAGAGUGGUCUUACUUUGGCACAUGUACACACACACACACACACACACACACACACACAUACAUGAACGCACGUACACAUAUAUGAAUGCACACACACAUAUAUGAACGCACACACACCUUGUCGAGGAAGACUCACUCCAGAAAGAAAUGUCAAGUUCAGUGGCACUUUUCAUCAAGCUGAGCCAAACUAUAAGCCCCGCCCCUUUCUCCUCCUCCUCCUCCUCCUUCUCCCCCGCUGUGGUGACAAACUGUGUGGUCUUAUCAUGUGUGCCUUUCUCACUCCACUCAUUGCAGGAUCUGGUAUGUUUACACUUGGCAAACCUGGCUCUAACACUGCUUAAACAUCUAGAUCUGGAUCUGGGGGGGUUUGGGGGUUGGGGGGGGGGGGUACAGUGCGUUCUCACGUGCAGGCGGAGGCCGUUGUGUGACAGAACUACGAAACAACAAGCUUUGUUAGACUAAAGAAACUGUGUUCUCAUUCUGUCGAUUCAGGUACCAAACCGCAUUAACAGUUUCUGUGAAGGAAGGAAUCUGGAGCAUCGUCACCGCCAUCAUCAUCAUCAUCCUCACCCUCUUCAUCCUCAUACCUAGAUAAUGCAUCAGUGUGCAGGGCAUUAUUUUGAAACAAGUGGAAGUCUCUGUACAUAUUUGUAUUAAGAAGAAACAGUGUUAUUGUUGUUGUAUUGAAAACAAUUUAAGAAAAUGGUUCAAAAAAAUAAUAGUUUGUGACAAAGAAAAAAACAUCCACAGCCAAGGGUUGUCCCGCUAGCACAUUUUUACAGAGAUGAGCUAUUUUUACUGGUGAUUUUCUAGGCAUUGAUAUUGAAAUCCUUUUAAGAAAGUAAAAAACCUUCCAAAAUGACAAGCACUUCCACAACGAUAGAUUGUAUGGUCAGUUUUGUUACUUUUGUAGACGUGGUCGUUCCAUUUUGUAAAGCGGGACAGGCCUUGGCUGUGUUUCCUCGGGGUCUCAUGUUUUUUCUUUCGCCGAUUACCUUUGAGUUUUUGUUUUUUAGGAAGUAAAACACUGUAGAUGGGCUGAAUUUGUGACUGUGUGUUUGUGUACUUGUGUACAUGUUCCCCUGUUCCUGUGUCAGUGUUAUAUACCAGAGACGUGAUGUCAGUUAUCGUGGGGGUUUGAACCAUUUCAAUGUUCUCUAUGAAAAACAAAUAAAGAAGCAUAGAUGAGAAACGA